GUGGAAGAUGACAACGUGCUGCUGAUCAGUGGAGAAAGGAAGAUAGAAGAAGAUAAAGAAGGGGCUAAGUAUAUUAGAAUGGAGAGAAGGAUUGGAAAAUUCAUGAGGAAAUUUACACUGCCGGAGAAUGCAAAUACUGAUGCGAUUUCUGCUGUUUGUCAAGAUGGGGUUUUGACUGUGACUGUCCAGAAGUUGCCGCCACCUGAGCCUAAGAAACCCAAAACUAUCGAGGUUAAAAUUGGAUGAGAUAUAGCAGUAGUUAUUAGUUACUCUGUUUUCUGGACUUUGGAAUGGAAGUUCUCUGUUUUGAUGUUUGAUCUAGGAGCGGCGAUCUUUUGCUUUUCUGUCUUUAGGUUAUCUACUACUAUGUUUUAUAAGUAUGAUGAAUGGAAAAAUGUGUCAGUAUGCUAUAUCUUGUGUUUAAUGCAAGUGAAAUGCUACUUUUCAGUCUGUGA